AGAGGGAAGGAACGACGUCAUUCCAGAGAGGAGAGAGAAAGAGAGAGGGGAGGCAGGCAGGCAGGAAGAGAAAGAGAUCGAUCCCGUGGAGGCGUGGGAUGGCGAUACUGUACGCCCUAGUGGCGCGUGGCUCGGUGGUCCUGGCGGAAUUCAGCGCUACCUCCACCACCGCGAAUGCAAUCGCCCGACAAAUUCUCGAGAAGAUCCCUGGAACUAAUGACACAAAUGCUUCCUACUCCCAGGAUCGCUACAUUUUCCACGUCAAACGCACCGAUGGUCUUACCGUUCUAUGUAUGGCCGACGACACAGCCGGAAGGAGAAUUCCAUUUGCAUUUCUUGAAGAAAUUCAUCAAAGAUUUGUCAGGACAUAUGGCAGGGCUGUUUUGUCCGCACAAGCGUAUGCCAUGAAUGAUGAAUUUUCAAGGGUCCUUAGCCAGCAAAUGGAGUAUUACUCAAAUGAUCCAAAUGCUGACAGGAUAAACCGGCUUAGAGGUGAAAUGAGCCAGGUGCGAAAUGUCAUGAUUGAGAAUAUUGACAAAGUUUUAGAGAGAGGUGAUCGGCUAGAAUUGUUGGUUGACAAAACUGCCAAUAUGCAAGGCAACACUUUUCGCUUCAGAAGGCAAGCUCGGCGUUUCAGAAACACGGUGUGGUGGAGAAACGUAAAACUAAUGGUUGCGCUGAUCUUCCUUCUCCUGGUGAUCAUUUAUGUUGUUGUGGCUUUUGUUUGCCAUGGGCCGACACUCCCAUCUUGUUUGAAGUGAUUGAUGUUCUGGAUACCAUUUUGCGGUCCUCUUCUCUUGUGCCGUGCCCCCAAGAAGAAGAAGUAUAUACUCGCAGCAACUUCCUCCUAGCAUUUUUCCUCAGGUUCUCUCUUUUGUGCUCCGGACUCACUCCCGAGUCGAGUUCCACACACCCUCACACACAGAUAUAUGUUGGUAUUCUGGAUUGAGAGAAAUUUGAGAUUUGCAUUGCAUUGCUUUGAAUAUUUUUUAAAACCAGAAGUGACUGGGGCAUCAUUCCCAGCAGUGUGUCGCAUCUUCUCUUGUUGGAAAGUAGUGUUGAGAAUUUGUGUUUUUAGCUCUCACCCGAACAAACACUUAUUGUUGCUUGGGGUGGGGGGGCUGAACGAACUCGAUCAAGUGUUGCUUGUUAUGAAGGGUCGAACAAGCUGUAUGACUGGACUGGUGUUGAAGCAAGUAUUAAUGUGAAAUCGUUUGUUUUUUGGGUGUUA